UUAUAUUUGACAAGCCAGGCUAGUUGGGGUCGGCAUAAGCUAUGUUAUAUUUGACAAGCCAGGCUAGUUGGGGUCGGCAUAAGCUAUGCUAUAUUUGACAAGCCAGGCUAGUUGGGGUCGGCAUAAGAUAUGUUAUAUUUGACAAGCCAGGCUAGUUGGGGUCGGCAUAAGCUAUGUUAUAUUUGACAAGCCAGUUUAGUUGGGGUCGGCAUAAGAUAUGUUAUAUUUGACAAGCAAGGCUAGUUGGGGUCGGCAUAGGGCAAUGCCGCUGGCCUCUUUCUCCGUUUGCCCACGUGCUCCCAGACUUUGUUAUGACGUGUAAAUAUGUUAAUAGAAACGUGGCGUGACGACCGACUAGACCUUCCACUAGACCUUUCACGAGACAUUUCACUAGACCUUCCACUAGACCUUGAACGAGACAUUCCACUAGACCUUUCACGAGAUCUUCCACUAGACCUUGAACGAGACAUUUCACUAGACCUUCCACUAGACCUUGAACGAGACAUUUCACUAGAAAUUUCACUAGACCUUCCACUAGACAUUCCACUAGACCUUCCACGACUUGUUAAAGCAUUGUAUAAACUGAUUCAUGACCUAUGUACAUUGUAGGUUAUACUGGU